GCGGGAUCUCGGAGAUGGCGCGGCAUUACAUCGGCCUGGUCGAGGCGUGUUUGCCGGAUGGGGGGGAUAUUCUGCUUGGUGGCUGGUCCUUGGGUGGCACGUUGUCCCUAGAAAUGGCCCACCAGAUCGCCGUCUCCGGGCCGGAACACCUGCGCAAGAAGUUCCGGGUGGUCGGCAUGGUCUGGGUCGACACGGUAUUCCCCCACCACGUCGAGGGCGAGACGCAGGACACGUACGUGGGGCCCAACGAGCGCAUCGCCGAGGUCACGCAGGACAUGAUUGACGACAUGACGAACCAGCAGCUCGUCCAGCUGAACAUGAUGCAUGCUCGGCGGAUGGUGUAUGUGUGGGACAUUCCGGCGUGGGAGAAGGCAGAGGACAAGAACGGGGAGAGAGCGGUGGUCAAGGUCCAGCCGCCCCGGACGAUAUUGCUACGUGCCAAGGGAUCGACGAAAGGGGAUUCACCGAGCUUCGUGGACCGCACGCGGCAGUUUAGGAUGCUCGGAUGGGAGAAGUAUAGUGCUGCUCAUGGCGGGUUCAUCGACUCCGUUGUGGACGUGGAGGGCGAGCAUUUCACAGUGUUUGAGUUUGACAAGAUUGAGGACAUCACCGCUCAUAUUCGGAGAGCCGCUGAUGAGCUGGAAAGGCGGACGACAUGACAGGAAUAAGUAGACACAGCAAAAGGAAAAACGCUUCUUCCGCGACGAGCACUCCAUACAAGUUAUCAACAAUUCGUUCACAUAGAUCUCAUACAAGCUAGACCC